AUGGAUGAAAGAACGCCUCUCAGUGGGGCUUGCUCCUGUGGCCGAAAUCACUACUUCAUCCAAGUCCCAUCGAAUUCGCUCGAAAAUCUACAAGUGCUCUAUGAUGAUAGAGCAGAGCAUACUCUUUCCCUUCGCGUUCCGUUAGCUCAAAUCCACAGUACCACCUACGCCUUCUUCCCAGAUGAAGCUCCCAGCACCAUUAGACGUGUGUUCACUCCACAUCAUGCCCCACGUAGUAAGCGGCAUUUCUGUGGGCUUUGCGGUACUUCUAUCAGCCAUUGGAGUGAAGAGACUCCGGAGGAAGCAGAGUGGAUCUACAUGAACAUUGGAAGUCUUAGGCGAGACAGCAUGGAGCGUUUGGAGGAUGCAGGACUUCUGCGGGGUCUAGGAAGCGAGGAUAACGAGAUGGCACAGAUGGCUGCUGGUGGAUCAAGACAGGUGGCCAACCUAGGUCAAGGUCGUGAAGUACGGGGCACUCCUUGGUUCGAGGAGAUGAUCCAGGGAAGCGAGCUGGGGAGGAUCAAAAGGAGAAGAGGGCGGGAAACUAGUUCAGAUGGCCGCACAAAAGUGGAAUGGGAGAUCAGCGAGUUUGGAAGUGGUGACGGGGAUGUUCCUGUUGCAAGUACAAGCAAAAGGAAGCUUGGUUCUGUGGAUCAUAGGGACGACGUGGAGAUGAGGAGCGGAUAA